GGAAAGACCUAGGUAACAAAAGUGGUUGGAGGGAAAAAAAGAAGCGAAUUGAAAUCGUCAUAGCGCGUAGCAGCCCACCAAAAGACGAAAGAGAGCAAUCAAGAAAAAAAAAGUGCCAGUAUCAUUCAUGCCCCUUCAUUCCAACCACACUCUGAUACAUACAUACACACACCAAUAAACCAAUACAUCAAUACACCCACUAUUGUAAUCCUCGUCUCAUUGCUCAAGGCCACUUCGCGAGAAAAGGGGGACGAAAAAAGACGAGAGCGUCCCAAAUCCCCAUCUCUUAAUUUCUCCAGUCGAAUCGAAAUUCCCCCCUCAGUUAUUGGUGAUUAAAGGGUCUUUGAGUGCUAGGAGGAGCCAAACCAAAUACACACUACAUUUCCAUUUCCAUUUCAAAGCUCGUCGAUCAUAGAGCGCUCCGUGCAUUAUACUUUCGUUCAAAGUCCUAUUGAUCUCGUCUUUCCUUCACCGUGAUUGUAGAUUGUUUCUAUUUCUUACCUCAUGUUCUACUCUCUCAUCUUGUUCGUGCGUUGUCAGCUUCAUUGAAGAAAGAAUCUUAGAAAGCAUCUUGUGCCGUCCGCCCGCCCAGCAUUUUGGGUAUCUUCCAUAUAGGUAUCCAAUGCCGUUGAUCAUGUAUCUCAUAGCUGACCAAAUACAUCACAGACUUGUCCGACGAUACUGCUACGCGUUAUAUUAUCUGCAGACAAAGAAAUUUUCAUUUUGAAUUUACUCUCUUGUACAUAUCGCAAUUCCUCCACGAGAACAUUCACAGCCUGAACUACAAUCCACGAAUUCCCCAAGCCUCUUUGAGUGUGGUGUUCGAAGCCAGUAAACCUGCGAAUUGCAUAACGAUAAUAUCUCCAAGUAAUCUCUCAUACUCGAUUUUGAUAUUGCCCACUUUGGCAAACCUACAUGCAGGACGGCCACUAGGCCGCAAGGUACCCACAUGAGCUUCUGCGAGAUCGUAGCUUGCUAAAUACACACACGACAUCAUGAGUAGGAGUCGACGGGGUGCUGGCUCCUUCAGGGCCAAUGGCGCAGCUAUUCCAGACUCGUUGUCCUUGAUCCGAUCGUUCAAUAUCGAAACCAAUCCCGCUCGGCCUGUACGACCUUCUCCCCUCACAGCUUCGACAAUUCCAGAUAUGCCACUCGACCUCGUUGAUCGAAUUCGCUCCUUUCCUCUUUUCGUUUCAGCUCCCGAUUCCUUUCUUGCAGCUAUCGGAAAACAUCUUCGUCCUCAGGUUCAUUCGCCUCACGAUCAUGUAUUGACUGAAGGAGAUGAUGCAAAGGCCAUGUACUGGUUAGUACGUGGCGCUGUUGCGGUCACAUCUCGAGAUGGAGAAGCUACAUACGCAGAACUAAAGCCUGGUGCUUUCUUUGGCGAGAUUGGAAUAUUAAUGGAUGUACCCCGGACGGCUACAAUUAUAGCAAGAACAAAGUGCUUACUGGUGGUGUUGAAGAAGGAAGAUUUGAGAGCUGAGCUUCCAAACUUUCCUGAAAUGGAACAAGCAAUUAUGGAAGAGGCACAGGAACGAUUGACAAUUUUGAAUAAAAAAAGAAGGGAAGGCGGAUUUGGCCCAAAACUUGUCUCCACAGAGCUUGUUUCCAGAGGUGGAAAGAUCGCACGAGAAGCUGCGCCAGGGGAAGUUUCUACUGGUGAGGUAGGUGUCAUUGAGAAAGGAGCCGUCAUCAAUAAGAAGAAGCGAAAAUCUCCAAGUCCAGGCAUAAUUGAGGAUCCUUCGGCGGGCAGUGCGCUGGGCAGUGGAUUGGUAAAUGUCAGGAAAACCCUCAAGGAGUUACCCUUAUUCUCAACUUUACCGCCAGAAAUACUUCACUUUCUUGGGUUGAGCGCCACGCCGAAAGCAUACCCACCGUUUACGGAUAUUAUUGUACAAGGUUCAACUGGCAAUGAAAUUUAUUUUAUUGUUAGAGGUGAGGCAGAGGUUAUACAUGAAAGUUCUAACGGACACGCUGGACUAUCGCCUCAAGGUACAAAUGGAUCAUACAUUAGACCAAGACUGAAAGCCGGGCAAUACUUUGGAGAAGUUGUCAGUUUGUCUUUGGCUCCCCGGAGAACAGCUACUGUACGAUCAAUCACCUCUGUAGAAUGUUUGAUGAUCGGCGGAGAAGUUCUUGAGGAGUUGUGGAGAAGAUGUUCGCCAGAUAUACGGAAACAAGUAGAGCUGACAGCGAAAACUCGAAUCGGAAAACCCGAAGACGAAGAUGUCAUAAUGAGUGAUGCUGAUUCUCCAACUAUCAACGAUUUAACCAUCAAUAACAGCCGUCCUAAACAUCAAAGAAGGAAAACAUUGCCGCAAGUUACAUUCACCCCUUCGAAACCUGCAAGUCCCCACAAACCUAUUCGUGUUGAGGAUGGUGGGGUGAUGGAACCUAUAGAUCCAGAUCCAUUCCUCAGCGUAGAUAUGGACAAUAUGAGGGCGAGAUCGCGAAGAGGUUCGUGGGCACCGCCUGCUCCUGAGACACCACCACCAGAUGAUAGGUCUUCUGGCCCAAGAACCAGGUCUAGAUCUCAAACACCCACACCUGCAAAAUUAUCACAUGCAAUCACUCCCCCAGAAUCAGCCUUUCGGCCAAAGAGGCCCAAGAUUUUCGAGCGACGUCCAAGUCAAUUUAGUCAGGGAAUAUUACCAGAUGCAAUUUUGAUCAACAUUUUCUCAUAUUUAGACAUCUAUCAGCUGAUGAGAUUACGCCUCGUAUCUCUCCAUUGGUCAACUCUCCUAAGCUCCUCACCAAACGUUUGUCAAAAUCUCGAUCUAUCACUCUACAACCGCAAAACGACCAACAAAGCAUUAAUCGAAAACAUCUGUCCAUUUGUUGGCCGUCGUGCUCGUAGCAUCAACAUUAGCAACUGUUUUCAUAUAACCGACGAAGGAUUUGCUGCAAUUUACUCCCAAUGUGGCCCCAAUAUCCAGAUCUGGAGAAUGAAGUCAGCCUGGGAUGUGACUGCUAAUGCUGUCUUGGAAAUGGCCAAUAGCGCUAAAGAGCUCGAAGAAAUAGACCUUUCCAACUGCCGCAAGGUAUCCGAUAAUCUCCUGGCUCGUAUCGUCGGUUGGGUUGUAACCGAACCCAUUGCCCCUCAAGCCUCUCUUCGUCAAAAAGCAGCAACUUUCGUCCCACCUGUUGGGACUGUAGUCGGAUGCCCAAAGCUUAAACGUCUUACUCUGUCAUAUUGUAAACAUGUUACGGAUCGAUCAAUGGCGCAUCUAGCUGUUCAUGCGCACCAGAGGCUACAGAGUAUUGAUCUGACGAGAUGUACGACGAUUACAGAUAGCGGAUUUCAACAUUGGAGCAUUUAUAAAUUUGCAAAAUUGGAAAAGUUAAUUUUGGCGGAUUGUACUUAUUUGACGGAUAAUGCUAUUGUUUAUUUGACGAAUGCGGCGAAGGGGUUAAAGGAACUAGAUUUGUCAUUCUGUUGCGCCCUCUCUGAUACAGCAACCGAAGUUCUAAGUCUCGGUUGUCCCCAACUCCAAUCCCUCAAACUCUCGUUUUGCGGCUCGGCAGUCUCAGAUUCAUCGCUUCGAUCUAUUGGACUCCACCUUCUCGAACUCAAAGAACUUUCUGUAAGAGGAUGUGUGAGAGUUACGGGGGUAGGGGUAGAGGCGGUGGUAGAAGGUUGUAGUAAGUUGGAGAUCUUUGACGUUAGUCAGUGUAAGAACUUAAAGGGGUGGUUGGAUGCAGGAGGAAUCGAAAGAUGGAAAUCUAGAUGGAGUCAGAGUGGGAGGAGGGAGACUGUAGGGAGGAGAGGUUUGAGGGGGGCGGUGAUACCUAGAAACGUAGGUGUAAGGAAAGCGAGAGGAGAUUUGGUCUUUUGGGUUGAGAAGAGGAGCGGACCGGGCGCUGGUUUACGAUGAUGGAUAUUGACGAGAAAGGGUUUUAACCAUUGGGAUUUGACGAGGCGAGUUUGCGAGCCUUUAAUCAUUUGAAAUGAAUGAAGAGAUGUGGAAAGGCAAUACAGAACAUGGAGAAAUGGAAAGAGUGGGAUUUUUAUCGAUUUCGAUUUCUAUAUGCAUACUCUCGAGAAUAUGACAUAUCUGCAUGCAUGGACGGAGUUUUAUUCAGUUUAUCCACAUGAAUCGCUUGUCAGGACAAAUCCAGAGGUCUUUUUUUGGUCGGUGGUGGUGCAUGUUCAUUUGUUUGUUUUGUAUGUUUGUAUGUAUCGAUGAAUGAACGGAUCGGCGCGGUUUUUAGAUUUCUGCUUUUUUGUGUUUUGUGUUUCUUGUACGUAUGUAUGUUUGUAUGGGUGUAUGGGUGUAUGUAUAACGUUGCGGCAAUGGAAACCGUAGGUUGUGGAAAUCGGAGUUGGAUGGUGGGGGAAGAUGGGAUAGGUUGGGAUGGGAUGGGAUGGAAUGAGAAGGAUUGAGAAGGGGGAGGAUAAGGGGGUUUAUAUCUGAUAUGAUCGAGUCUGAUCUGGUCUUGCUGUAUAAGUUGAAAUGAUAUAUGAUACGAUAUGAAAUUAGAUGAGAUGAGCUGGGAUGAUAUGAGCAAAUAGGAUGAUAUGAUACGAGACA